GUCAUCUCUCUUUUUCUUUUUCUUUCAAAUCAUACAAAUAUGAGUCGUCAAAUUGCUUCCAAGAUAAAAUUAUGCUGUCAGGAUAUUACCAAAAUUAAAGUUGACGCUAUUGUCAAUGCUGCUAAUAAUUCUUUACUCGGUGGUGGGGGAGUGGACGGGGCAAUCCAUAGAGCGGCGGGACCAGAAUUACUUAAAGAAUGCCGUACCUUGCAUGGAUGUGAUGAUGGAGAUGCAAAAAUUACCAAAGGCUACAAUUUGCCGGCCAAACAUGUCAUACACACCGUUGGCCCACAAUCCGAGAAACCCGCUGUAUUGGCCAGUUGUUAUAAACGUUCGCUUGAUGUACUGAGAGAGAAUGGGUUGCGCUCCAUUGCUUUCCCAUGUGUUGCUACAGGUGUCUAUGGUUACGAUAAUGAAAGAGCUGCCAAUGUUGUCCUGAAAACUGUCCUUGCGGAAUUAGAACAGCACCCAGAUAAGAUUGACAAGGUUAUAUUUGUUUUGUUUAAUGAAAAGGAUAAAAAAAUCUACAAAGAUCUAGUCCCAAAGUACUUCCCGGGUGCUUCAACAGAAUAUGCAGAAUAG